UUGUCGCCCAAUAUUUUAGUUAAGCAAAAACAGUUGGGUCGUUCAAACAUGGAAAACGAGGUGGAUAUCAACGUGGACAUUAAUGAAAUAAUAUUACUAGAAAAUAUUGGAUACGGCCAAUUUGGCGAUGUCUACACUGCAAAAUGUCCCACUAAAUUUGGAGACAAAAUAAUAGCGGUAAAAAAGCUUAGGAACCCACAAGAUUCUAGCAAUAAUCUUGAGCGAGAACUCAAUUUUGUAUCGCGUUUAAAACAUACGAAUAUUGUCACAUUAUACGGUAUCUCUAUAGAUCAAGAGAAAAGAUUUCACAUACUGCAGGAGUAUUCAGAGUGCGGAUCUCUCUACAAAUUCUUGCACAAUAAUGAAACGACUGUUCCAGAUAAUCAUAAACAUUAUUGGAUGAUUCAAUGUGGGUAUUGCGUACUUGCAUGA